AUGAAUCCUUCUCCAGGAUUUAAAGUUGAUGCUAGGGAUGUAAUCAAAGGUAGAAGAAGUUUAGAGUUAGGACAGGAAGCUGGAACUUCCAGGAAAGCUAAUUCUGAGAAAAGUGUAAAUUUAGUUAACAAUGCAGAAAGUGAUGAAGAGAUUGAGUUCAUCUGUGAAGUCAAAAGAGAGCAAGAAGUCCAGAAGGAUGACCAAAUCCCUCUAGAGUAUGCUGAAAAAAUUGCUGACCAAAGCGAAGUGUUUCAAAUAACUCUAGAUAACUCCAAUACUUCUGCUGAAAAUAAGAUGUGGAAAGAAAGGCAGGAAAAGUUAUGGUUAGAAGAAGGAACCUCUAAAGGAUAUACAGAGCAACUGCGAAAAACAGAGAGGAAGGUAAUCUGGGGUAGAAUGUAUGAGAAAGCAAGAAAAGUAAUGCAGAAGAAGAAGGAAAGAAAGAGCAGAAAGAAAAAGUUGAAGAGAAAGAGGAGGGAGGUGGAAUCUAGUUCCUCAAGUAGUUCAUCUACUAGUUCAUCAAGUAGUUCAUCUUCUACAUCCUCAACUGAUAGUGAAGAGGAGAAGAAGGGGAAGAAAAAGUUGAAGAAAAGAAAAUAG